GUGAAGUUGGCUGCAGUUCGUUUCGAGUCUCGAAAUAUUUCCUUUCAACUGUCAAAAGUAAAACAACUCCAUCUUUCUUUUCUUUUUUCACCUACGUGUGAAGAACAUCGCGUAUUUUUUUAACGUCGGUGUUUUAUAACUGAAAUAGUGAAAAAUGGGUUUCGUUAAAGUAGUCAAGAACAAGCAGUACUUCAAGCGUUAUCAAGUUAAGUUCCGCAGGCGUCGUGAGGGUAAAACCGAUUACUAUGCCCGUAAACGCUUGAUCUUCCAAGACAAGAACAAGUACAACACACCCAAAUACCGUUUGAUUGUACGUUUGUCCAACAAGGACAUCACCGUUCAAAUUGCCUUCUCCCGCAUUGAGGGUGAUCGUAUUGUAUGCGCUGCCUACUCCCAUGAACUUCCCAAAUACGGUGUUAAGGUUGGUUUGACCAAUUAUGCUGCUUCUUACUGUACCGGUUUGUUGGUAGCCCGUCGUAUCUUGAACAAAUUGGGCUUGGACUCCUUGUACGGUGGUUGCACUGAAGUCACUGGUGAAGAAUACAAUGUUGAGCCAGUCAAUGACGGUCCCGGUGCUUUCCGUUGUUACUUGGAUGUCGGUUUGGCUCGUACCACCACUGGUGCCCGUGUAUUCGGUGCCAUGAAGGGUGCUGUUGAUGGUGGUUUGAACAUCCCUCACUCCGUCAAGCGUUUCCCCGGUUACUCCGCCGAAACCAAGAGCUUCAACGCUGAUGUACACCGUGCCCAUAUCUUCGGUCAACAUGUUGCCGAUUACAUGCGCACCUUGGAAGAAGAAGAUGAGGAAAGCUUCAAACGCCAAUUCAGCCGUUACAUUAAAUUGGGAAUCCGUGCUGAUGAUCUUGAAGAAAUCUACAAAAAAGCCCACCAAUCUAUCCGUGCCGAUCCUACCCACAAAAAGGUAGCUAAGAGCGGCAUCUCCAAGAAGAGGUGGAAUGCUAAGAAACUCACUAACGAGCAACGUAAAGUUAAGGUUGCCGAACAUAAGGCCGCUUAUGUCGCCAAACUUCAAGCAGAAACUGAUGCUUAAAUUAUCUGAAGUUUAUUGUGUUUUAACAACUACAUUUACCAUUUAUUGCUGCUAUUAAUUGGUUGAAAUAGAAUACAUUAUUUUAUUAUAAAAUAAUACAAAAAAUUAAAAUAAUAUAAAAUAA